CAGUCGGGGGCAUCUGACCGUCUCUCCUCCUCCCCCCCUUCCUCCUCUUCCUCCUCCUCUUCUUCCUCCCCUCCUCCGUCUCUCUCUCUCAUCUCCUCCUCCUCCUCCGUCCACACUCCUCUCCACUCCUGCGUCCUGCUGCCGCUGGGCUCCGCCAUGGACCUGAAGGACCGCCGGCACCGCUCGCUCACCAGGGGCCGCUGUGCGGGCAAGGAUCUGCAGUACACCUCGUCCUCCCUGGACAACGAGGAGUGCCGCGUGCCCACGCAGAAGUCCUACAGCUCCAGCGAGACCCUGAAGGCCUAUGACCACGACUCCCACCUGCACUACGGAGGAUGCGUGUCUGACCUGGUGCACCACGAGGCGGACGAGUACUCCAGACAAGGCAACUUCACCCUGGCCGAGCUGGGCAUCUGCGAGUCGACCGCACCCCACCCGAGCGCCUACUGCUCAGACCUGGGCCUGCUGCACCGCGGCUACUCGCUGGGCGGCGCCGGCUCGGACGCCGACUCUGACCCGGAGGGGCCCAUCUCGCCGGAGCGCGCCAUCCAGCUGUGGAGCGCGGGGGGAGCGGGCGGCGCCAACGGCAAUGGCGGCCUCAAGUCCCGCCGCAGCUCCGGACUGUCCAGCCGCGAGAACUCGGCACUCACACUCACCGACUCCGAAAAUGAGAACAAGUCGGACGACGAGUCAGCAUUCCUGGACGAUGACGGGGACGAUGAUCCAUAUGGUGAUAUUCCAUUCAGUAAGGGAUCUUUUUACCCCAUCCCCAAUACCCCCGCGAUGCGUAUGAAUCCCCUGCAGAUGUCUCCCGUAGUCCAACCUCCACCUUAA